AGCGGCGGAGCGUCGCGCUUCCUGUCUGUUGCCACGGCGACGCGUAACAACAACACCACCUAGGAACCUGGAGACGACCGGGAGAGACGCUCCGCUGGCUCCUGUCGUACGUUCAAGUGUGAAAAUACACCUAAAGGGCAGCAAUGACUCAACGGCAGAUCAUUCAAGUGUUUGAGCAGUAUCAGAAGUCAAGGAUGCAGUUCGUGCAGACCGUGGCUGACUUGGCUUCCCGACCACAAAACAUAGACAUCCUUCAAAAUGCUGGUGUCUUGUCCCUGCUGCGUCCCCUGAUGUUGGACGUGGUCCCCAGCGUCCAGCAGACGGCGGCUCUGGCCCUGGGCCACCUGGCAGACCACAGUGACGACCUGGCCGAGGCCGUGGUGAAGGAAGACAUCCUGCCCCAGCUGGUCCACUCUCUGGCCUCGCAGAAUAGGUUCUAUAAGAAGGCAGCAGCGUUUGUGCUGCGUGCGGUGGCCAAACACUCCCCCGAGCUGUCCCAGGCUGUGGUGGGCUGUGGGGGAGUCGACGCUCUGGUCCUCUGCCUGGAGGAGUUUGACCCCGGGGUGAAGGAGGCUGCUGCCUGGGCUUUAGGCUACAUCGCACGUCACAAUGCGUCGUUGGCUCAGUCGGUUGUGGAUGCAGGUGCCGUCCCCCUGCUGGUGUUUUGUCUCCGGGAGCCCGAGAUGGCCGUCAAACGCAUCGCAGCUUCCACCCUCAGCGACAUCUCCAAACACACGCCGGAGCUGGCCCAGACUGUGGUGGACAACGGUGCCAUCGCGCACCUGGCACAGAUGAUCCUCAACCCAGACGCCAAACUCAAGAGGCAGGUGUUCGCCGCCCUCAGUCAGAUCAGUAAGCACUCGGUCAGCCUGGCAGAGAUGGUGAUCGAGGCGGAGAUCCUCCCGGCAGCAGUGACCUGCCUCAGAGAUCCAGAUGAGUACGUCAGGAAGAAUGUCUCCACGCUGAUGAGGGAGGUGGUGAAACACACACCAGAGCUGUCCCAGGUGAUUGUGAACUGCGGUGGCAUGGUGGCAGUGAUCGACUAUCUGGGCAACUGUCGCGGAAACCUUCGUCUGCCGGGGAUCAUGAUGCUGGGAUACAUUGCGACUCACAGUGAGAACCUCGCCAUGGCUGUCAUUCUCUCCAAGGGGGUGCCCCAGCUGGCCCUGUGUCUGUCCGAGGAGCCUGAACAUCACAUGAAGGCGGCUGCGGUCUGGUCCAUCGGUCAGAUAGGUCAUCACACGCCAGAGCAUGCCAAGGCGGUGGCCACAGCCAGCCUGCUGCCCAAACUGCUGGAGCUCUACAUGGAUGCCAGCAGCUCAGAGGACCUGCAGGCCAAAUGUAAGAAGGCUCUGAAGAGCAUCCUGCAGAAGUGCACCUACCUGCCAGGUCUGGAGCCGCUCCUCUACGACGCUCCCAGCAACAUUCUCAAACAUGUGCUCUGCCAGUUCAGCAAGGUGAGUGAGUGGGUGCUGCCGCAUGACAGUAAGGCUCGCCGCCUGUUCGUCACCAGCGGGGGGCUGAAGAAGGUGCAAGAGAUCCAAGCUGAGCCUGGCUCCCUUCUGCAGGAGCACAUCAACGCCAUCAACAGCUGUUUCCCUGAAGAAAUAGUCAGGUACUACUCCCCUGGAUACUCGGACGUCUUGCUGGAGCGGUUAGAGAGCUACCAGCCGGCCUGAUGUCACUUCAAGCUUCCUGCUAAAACGCUAACGCGCAUGUGUCUUUUCAGUAAAUUUGCAUGAUCGUAUCAAAACAUAG